AUGUACCUUCCCAUCAAAGCCUGUGUUUCAUGUAUCAUUGAAAUUGUCAGUGGUUUGAUCCGCCGGUCGGCAGACGCCAUGUGGGCUGAAGCGCUUUUUUCCAUUCCAACUACGGCGAAGGUGCAGCAACAAUGGCCGAUGGUCUUCGCAAAAAUUGGCUACCUGAACACCACAAAACCCGACGAACCAUCCUCAAGCUCUGAACUAACACCAUGCAUUAAACUCCCACUGGGGUUCUCAGCAUAUUCAUUUGCAGUCUCCCGUAAUAGAUUGGUACAAGCAAAUAACACCUGCUCAUCAGCGACCAUAUCUAUUGGAAUCGUUUUUACAACUCGAGCCAUGAACCCAUCAACACCUUGGCCUUCCACCAUGAUGCCAACAACGAGUGGCUACAGGACUAUGUCUUCAGCAAGCUCAAUCAGUACCCGGGGAAAUUCGAUGUCCACUAACCCCCAAAUGACAUGGGGAACAUCAGUGUUUUCUACGAAUACUGUCUCAGUUGGAACCAGUGCAAACCUGGUCACUUCUCCAAAAUCAAGCACAGAAUGGAGCCCAAAAACCAAUGGCAUGACGCUGACGAAUACGCAGCAGCCAUUAACAUCUCCGAUCAGCACCACAGAUAUGUUCAGAGGAAGUUCCUCAGCAAUGAACACCCAGGGAACCCUCUUUACAACCUCGUAUUUGCCAUUGACCGCAGUUUUAACCUCAUCCACAAGCAGCCAGGCUAGUCUGACUCCUGUCAGACGUCCUGACACCAAUGCAGGUGAAACUGGGUCACAAAGAGACAUCACAACUACGCAGUCUCCAUUUACAACCACAGGCAACCCAUCUACUGCACCAGCAAAAUCAACCCCCGUCCUGACCUCACAAGAAACUUCAUACACCUCAUACGCACCAUCAACAACUUCAUCUUCAGAUUCUUUGACUUCGAAGAUGUCAAUGGUUCCUUCUUCCACGUUAACUUUCGCAUUCUCCUCAAGUUCGCCCGCAAGCUUCACAAUGGUUCCCACAUCACAAACUGCCAUGCCUAGCUCAAGAUUCUCCACAUCAUCAAGCUCUGAAGCAUCAGUCACAUCUAACCCAUUGCCUACAAUGAUGGGUACCUCUGCAUCUUCUGGAACUCCACCCGCUGGUCCUUCCACAACUUGGUCAAUGAAAACGAUUCCGGACUCACUCACCUCAAAAGGGCCGAUGUCAUCAUCCACAGCUUCUGUCAAUUCCACGCCUUUCAGUAUGACAACCAUGACUCCUGCCAAAUCUGACAAUGUUACCAAUGAAGUGAAAGAGACCAGCAGCAAGAGUCAGAGCUCUACAGUCAAUGUUCCAACGACUGCGGAAACCAGAAUGAGCUUUUUGACUUCCAGUUCACGACAUCAUCAAUCAUCAGUGACAGAUGCACAAGUGACGCAAAGUUCAACUGUCGACAUGACGAUUAGAAGUAGCACGCAGUCGUCAGUAAUGCUUGGGACCAAUUCAACUUUUCCGGGAUCCCCAGUUGCAACAAACAAAGAGUCAGUCACUGUUGAAGCAUCCAGUACGAAAGCUUCCAUUGGCACUCGGCCAAUAGAAAUCUCAACGGCUACAGGUAAACUGACAGAGGGUGGCCUCUUCAGUAGCACAGACGGAAAAGCAUAUGGUUCUUCAUCUGGGUCAUCUUUCACUACCCCUGGUCCCACGAUGUCAUCAUCUCUUCAGCAGCAGUCACAAACCCAACUCGGAACAGGUCAGAACGUGUCUAAAGCUGGCGAAGGAAUGAUGGCGACGUCAACAUCACCAAGCAGCACGUCUCAAAAUUCUCGGGGUACAGCUUUCAUCCAACCCGCAACUCAAGCCCAACAAUCAUCGCCUGGAAGCUCUGCUGCUCCAUUCUCCACUAAAUCUGAUCCAUCCAUGCCUGCGACUGCAUCCUCCACUUCAUCAGCUGCAACCAAACCAGCCUUGAUGAACACCUCAAUCCCAAUGCAAACGUCCGAAAUAGAGGACUUCGGGAAUGACCAGAGUCAGUCAGAAGUGGAACGAAUUGGCAGAGAGAGUAUGGGAAUGAGGCUCUUCGGGCAUGCUGCACGGGAUGCUGUGGAAACUUCAAUAUCAUUGAAAGAAUCUCUGCCUGAAUAUCACAUGUCAAGAUUGCAAGAUCACGAGGGAAACGUCGAAUCGGAUCCUGCAGCUGGACAUUUGCAGCUUGAAGAGCAGUCGAUUGACUGGUCUAUGCGUGAUCCAGUUGCUGUUGAAGAGGUUGACCAAAACAAACAGUACCAGCCACAGCAACAGCCAAUGGUCAACGCGUCAAGUCAACAAUCACAAAAUCAGGUGCAAUCAAUGAGCCAAAAUAUUUCCUCCACUACAUCAAACCGAGGCGCAGCAACAACUUUGAGCAGCAGUGGGACAACCAGCCAAUUGAUUCUUACAGCAAUCAGUAAUCCCGCGCUGAUCUCAGUAACUGACAUGACAUCAAGUGCUAUCAAGUUGAUAAAGGAACCAGAAAUGACAACAGCAGCAACACCUUCUGGAGAAAAAAUACCGAGCAAAGCGGGAUCGCUGGUGAUCGAAAGCUUUGAAGACAAUCCUGCGAACCCGGAAGUCAGCUCCGAUAAUCAAAGGGACUUGACCAGUGAAAGCUACUUUGGGAGGAUUAAAUCUUCCCUUUAUGAUAGUGGUAGAAAAACAUUGGAAGGUCUUUCCCGAUUCUCUCCGAUGAGCCUCCUCGAGACUUUCGAUGCGCAUGAUGAAGAGGAACUAGCCGAUGCUAAUUCGUACUAAAAUUGCAAAUGUCGUGCACCGCAGAACAUGUAUUCGUCUCUCGCGUUUCAACCAUUCUGAUCUGCAGCUAUGGUUCAACGCCCUUUUCCCUUCAGUUGUUCACCAAUUUUGAAACCUGCGUUCGCAAUAUUCUCGAGGAAUUUUUAACCGAUUCGAAAUGAGAAUAUACGUCAAUUGUUUGCACUUGAGCCAAUCUAAUGCAUUCAAACGAAGUUUCAUUGGCAUGCUAUCCGGC